AAAGAGUUUGAUAUUAUUAUUAAAUUUAUUUUAUCAAUAUCCUUUCAUAAGUUACCCCCUCUCCGAACCCCCCAAACACGUUAUUAAGUAAAGCGUGUAUAUCGACAUUUGAGGUAACCAUUAAGCCUAAGAAAAUCCCCCCUCCAAUUGGAUUCUAUUAUAGAUUCAUUCAAUCUUCAUCAUCGUUUCAAAACCCUCCUCGGUUUCAAUAUAAAUCCUUUCAAUUUCGAUUUGCUUCAGUGUUUUUAUCUCACAAACCUUCCACACAGGUUAAGAAGUAUCACUUGAUUAUUAGGGUAAUCACUCACACUUGUCAAUUCUCAGAUCGCAGGGGUUUCAAGUAAAAAUAGUUAACAAUGUUUGCUCGAAUGUUUGGCAAACCUAAGCAAGAAGCUAACGCCGUAACGACGUUAGACAAACUAAAUGAGACACUUGAAAUGCUAGAGAAGAAAGAAAAAGUGCUUCUGAAGAAAGCUGGUGCUGAGGUUGAAAAGGCAAAGGAGUUCACUAGAGCCAAAAACAAAAGGGCUGCAAUACAGUGUCUGAAGCGAAAAAGACUUUAUGAACAACAAAUUGAACAGCUUGGCAAUUUUCAACUACGUAUUCAUGAUCAGAUGAUAAUGCUUGAAGGUGCAAAAGCUACAACAGAGACAGUGGAUGCCUUGAGAACUGGAGCUCAAGCAAUGAAGGCAAUGCAAAAGGCUGUGAAUAUUGAUGACGUGGACAAGACAAUGGAUGAGAUAAAUGAGCAAACAGAGAACAUGAAACAAAUUCAGGAAGCAUUGUCAACACCUAUUGGUGCAGCAGCUGAUUUUGAUGAGGAUGAGUUGGAGGCUGAACUUGAAGAAUUAGAAGGAGCUGAGCUGGAAGAACAGCUGCUACAGCCUGCCACCACCGCACCUGCAGCUCCACUCCAUCUGAGGAAGAUGAACUCGCUGCAUUGCAGGCUGAAAUGGCACUUUAAAGUUUCAACUCUCGGUUGGAAGAAUUUGUAAAGAAUUUGGAUGUUUGAAAAAUGUUGGUUAUGAGUUAUGAUCUGUUAAAUCUUGUUCACAUGGACACGUAUUGUUUAUUUGAUAACAUGAUAUGACUUUUUAUCUUCUUAGGAACGAAAAAAAGGAUUGUCGUUCCAUUUUUAUCCUAGUGUUCAUGUGUUGGUGUGUUAUUUGAGAAUUUUUUUUCUUAGUGAAUUCUAUCUAUAUCAUUGUGUUGCAUUGUUUUGUGGCUAGUAUAUAUUUUGUCCUUUUCUUGUCAUGGUCAUAAUGGUCAAUGUUGACUUUUGUAAAAGUCAACUCCAUAUGUUUGACUUUCUUACUGUAAAGUAUGGCUUUUGUUGACUAAUGCCGUGAUGGUUUUGUCAAGGUUUUGAAAAAGCCACUGGUAGUGAUUACUGAUUACUCUUAACAAUUCUUAAACAU